AGCCUGAUCAUGGAGGAGAACAAUGACUCCACGGAGAACCCCCAACAAGGCCAAGGUCGGCAAAAUGCCAUCAAGUGUGGGUGGCUGAGGAAGCAAGGAGGCUUUGUCAAGACUUGGCAUACUCGCUGGUUUGUGCUCAAGGGGGAUCAGCUCUAUUAUUUCAAAGAUGAAGAUGAAACCAAGCCCUUGGGUACUAUUUUCCUGCCUGGAAAUAAAGUUGUUGAACAUUCCUGCAAUGAAGAGAACCCAGGGAAAUACCUUUUUGAAGUAAUUCCAGGUAAGAUAUUUUUCUGA